AUGUUCGGAAGCUGCGCAAUCGCAACUGGUACCACAACACAGUUCUUGUCAGGAACUCGUUUGUCAUUCGAAGGAACCUCUAGAUCUUCAUCGAGUGGUGGUAGCAUGUCUUUCACCGGUGCCGGCAGAUCUAGUUGUCCGUAUAGGUUUACCAUAGAAGCCUUUGCGGAAACCACCACCGGAAGCAGCAGCAGUUCAAGGACAAGAAUCGAGGCGAUGAAACCAAUGGCGACGAACCUUUACGAGGUCUUGUGCGUCAAGGAAACCGCCUCUCAGGUUGAGAUCAAAAGCGCUUACCGCAGCUUGGCUAAACUUCAUCAUCCGGACGCGGCGACGUCGGGCUCCGAUGCUCGCGAUUUCAUAGAGAUCCAUAACGCUUACGCCACUUUGUCAGAUCCUACGGCUAGGGCUCGUUACGAUCUCUCAAUCGGCGGUCGAAGACAUUUCAGCUUCAGCUCCUCCUCCGCCUCAGGCGGCGCUGGCGGCGGUACACGUUCUGGUUUCGUCGUCGGUCGGACUAGAAGGUGGGAAACCGACCAGUGCUGGUAG